AUGCUGACUCCGGCUGCAGCGGCUCCAUCCCACGGUCUCAGCUCGGAGCGUGCGGCUGGUGCGGAGCAGCUGAAAAUGGCCGGUGAUGGCGGCGCGCUGAAGGAGAUCAAUGAGAUUAAAUCCCAGUUCCGCACCAGAGAGGGCUCCUACAAACUGCUCACACUCUCAGACUCCCAGCAGCGCGGGGGCCUGGCCCGGGGAGCCUCCGGGGCCUCCACACUGGGGCCCGUGACGGGGGCGGGGGGGGUCGGGCUGCUUCAAGGGCCAGGGACCACCGCGUCCUCCUCCAACCCCGGGACCAGCUCCUCUCCCACGGGCUUCCUGCCUCCGGUCCGGGUGUCCAUGGUCAAGCUGCAGCCAGAGGACCCGGGGGAGGAGUCUGAGCGCGUGUGCUUCAACAUCGGCCGCGAGCUCUACUUCUACACGUACACGAGCAUCAAGAAGGCCGUAGACCUGAGUAAACCCAUCGAUAAGCGCAUAUACAAAGGCACGCAGCCGACCUGCCACGACUUUAACCAGUUUUCUGCCAGCGCUGACAGCGUGGCGCUCAUCGUGGGCUUCUCUGCGGGACAAGUGCAGUACCUGGACCCCAUCAAGAAGGAGACCAGCAAACUGUUCAACGAAGAGAGACUGAUCGACAAGUCCAAAGUCACGUGUCUGAAGUGGCUGCCCCAGUCCCAGAGCCUGUUCCUGGCGUCCCACGCCAGCGGACACUUGUACCUGUACAACGUGGAGCACUCGUGUGGGACCACCCCCCCCCAGUACUCGCUGCUGCGGCAGGGGGAGGGCUUCGCCGUCUACGCCUGCAAAUCCAAAAGCCCCCGCAACCCGCUGCUGCGCUGGGCCGUGGGGGAGGGGGGGCUGAAUGAGUUCUCCUUCUCCCCGGACGGUGUGCAUGUGGCCUGCGUGGGGCAGGACGGCUGUCUGAGGGUCUUCCACUUCGACUCCAUGGAGCUGCAGGGGGUCAUGAAGAGCUACUUCGGGGGGCUGCUGUGCGUGUCCUGGAGCCCGGACGGGAAGUAUCUGGCAACCGGCGGCGAGGACGAUCUGGUCACGGUCUGGUCCUUCUCCGAGAGCCGCGUGGUGGCGCGAGGACACGGGCACAAGUCCUGGGUCAACGUGGUGGCCUUUGACCCCUUCACCACCUCCCUGGAGGACGAGGAGCCCAUGGAGCUCAGCGGCAGCGAGGAGGACCUUCACCAGGGGGUGCCACACAACACCACACACUUUGGGCGAGUGCGGACCAGCAGCACGCUGUCGCACCUGUCCCACCACAGCUCCAGGGGGGGGGGCUCGGCCUCCGUCACCUACCGCUUCGGCUCCGUGGGACAGGACACACACUUCUGUCUGUGGGACCUCACAGACGACGUGCUGUACCCCCGCCUGCCCCUGUCCCGUGCCUUCACCAACACCUUCAGCCCCUCCCUGUCCAGCACCGCGGUCAGCUCAGGGGGCGGAGCUACGGCUGUGGAAGGCCAUCACCACCCCCCCAACACCAACCCCCCCACCCUGCCCCUGCCUCUGCCCCGCUCCCUGUCCCGCUCUAACUCCCUGCCCCAUCCCGCCGUGGCCAACGCCUCCAAGAGCCAGGGCUCUGAGGGGGGGGCCUGCAGUGGGGGGGGCAGUGGGGGCGGGGCCAACAACAGCAUCACCCCCUUCAGCAUCGGGCGCUUUGCCACGCUGUCCCUGCAGGAGCGCAAGAGCGACAAGUCCAGCGUGGAGAAGGAGCACAAGCGCUACCACAGCCUCGGCAACAUCAGCAAGAGCAACGACAAGAUCAACGUGGCCCCCAGGAGCCAGCGCCUGGACGCCGCCAAGGUCCUGGGGACCACCCUGUGUCCCCGCCUGCACGAGGUGCCGCUACUGGAGCCGCUGGUCUGUAAGAAGAUCGCCCACGAGAGGCUCACGGUGCUGGUCUUUAUGGACGACUGCAUCAUCACGGCCUGUCAGGAGGGCCUCAUCUGCACAUGGGCCCGGCCCGGCAAGACGAAUGUGGCUGCACAGAAUGGCAGCUCCCCCAGUGGCACGGUGGUGUAA